UCAUCCAAUCCAAAUAUGGUGACCGCGAUUACCAUGUUUACAGAUUCCUUUUGGCUUUCCUCCUUUUCUGUUUUCUCCAACUAUCACACCUUUACUACUCCACCCAAACUACUAUCCCCUGUUUCUUUGUGUGCUAAUCCAACUGCCCGCUCACGCCAAUGCUUCUCUCUGGUAAGUGUUAAUAAGACCUCGGGUACUGAACUCUGGCCAUUCAAGUGUCCCCAACCGCCUAAUCGUUCUCUCAUCCAAUGUAACUGCGUCGACACGGUCAUCUCUCUUCACUGGGAAAAGGGUAUACUGUUUUCGGUCUUCAGAGAAAUUGGACUAAACGAAAAGGAAACCAAAUUACUUUUGGACAAGAACCCAACUUUGAGAUCGACGUCUUUGAACAGAAUACGUGCCCGGCUUCUUGCUUUACAGUCUGUUGGUAUCAAUGGGUUUGGUCUUUAUCGGUUGGUCAUUAAAUGUGCAAGUGUAUUAAUUGCUGAGGAAAUUGAUUCAGUGAUUAGUUUUGUGCGUGAUGAAUUAGAAGGAAAGGUCAAGUCAGCACAACUUGAACGCCUCUUUAUUACAACGGAUGCGAGAUUCUUGCUUGGUUUUGAUCAUAAGGUUAAACUGCUUAUUCGUCAUGAAGUUCCCAGGGAGAAGAUAGCUCAUGUUCUCAACAAUGUCAACUUGAACAAAGCCAUUUGUUGCAAGUCUGUUGAAGAAAUUGAAAGAACCAUAAAUUUCUUGAAACCUUAUCAUGGCAUUGAAAUAAUAGUUAGGCGUCCUUCAGUUCUCAACUAUGAUUUGGAUUCUCAGUUGAUUCCAAAAAUUCAGUUUCUAGAAGAGCUUAGUGGAGGUGAUGCAAAUGCCACUGGGACAGUGUUGCGCAAACUGCCCGCCAUCUUGAGUUAUAGUUUGGAGCAUAUGGAGGGUCAUGUGGAUUUCAUGAGAUUAUAUGUUGGUCUUAGUGACAGGGAAAUAUUCAAGAUUAUUCUCGUGUUUCCGAAUGUGAUUAGUGCCAGCAAAGAGAGGAAGUUGCGUCCUAGAAUCGAGUUUCUCAAGCAAUGUGGACUUAAUUCUAAUGACAUUUUCAAGUUCUUGACAAGGGCCCCCUUGUUUGUGGCCCUUUCCUUUGAAGAUAACCUGGCUCAUAAAUUCGGGUUUUUGGUGAAGAUUGGGUAUGAAUAUAGGACAAAAGAGUUUGCAGCCGCUUUGGGUGCUGUCACCAGAACUAGUUGUGAAAAUAUGCAGAAGGUAAUUGGCCUCUUCUUGAGUUACGGUCUUUCUUAUGAAGAUAUUUUUCACAUGAGCAAGAAACACCCUCAAAUACUGCAGUACAAUCCUAGUUCUUUGGAGGAGAAGAUGGAGUAUUUGACAAAGGACAUGGGCCGAGAUGUUAGUGAGCUAUUGACUUUCCCUGCAUUUCUCGGUUACAAGCUUGAUGACAGGAUUAAGCACAGGUAUGAAGUAAAGAAAAAAACUGCUGGAACCGGAAUGUCUCUCAACAAGCUCUUAUCAGAGUCAGCUAACAGAUUCUCAACCAGAAAGAAAGCAGAAAGUCUGGUUAAUGAUUGACAACCGGAACGAAGACCGAAGCUUAAGGGUGAUUUCUGUAAAUUGUUCACAGUAUCCCAAUCAGAAACUUGCUACGAGCUUUCUCGAUUCUCUGGAGUGCCAAUAAUUGUUAAUCUUAAUGAGCCACUGUGAUUGCAUUUUGAUGAUGAGAACUACACCAUGGCAAAAGUAGAGGAAAAGUGAUCUCACGUCACACCAACUAGGCCAAUCACAGAACUCAUUGCCUGAAAGAAUUUUCUACUUUAG